AUGGCGCAACCGCCGCCCAAGAUCCCCACCAUGGCGCCGGCCUGGCCGGAGUUCGGGGGUGGGCACCACCACAGCGCCCACGCCCGCCACCACCAUCACCAGCGCAGCCCCUCCAUGGGGGCCUUCCUCGCCGCGCCAAUGCCGCCGCUCCCGCCCCCAGCGCCCGCCAGCGGGGAUGCGGCGCAGCCGCAGCCUUCCUGGGUCGACGAGUUCCUCGACUUCUCGGCCGCCAAGCGCGGCGCGCACCGCCGCACGGUCAGCGACUCCACCGGCUUCCUCGACGACAGCAAUGCCGCCGUCGGCGCGAACGAGUUCGACCGCCUCGACGACAGCCAGCUCAUGUCCAUUUUUUCCGACGAGUUGGCCCCACAGCGGCAGGCGCAGGCGGCGAGCGCGUCGUCGCCGUCUGAUCACAACAGCAUCAACGACGAGAAGCAGGACAAGGGCGACGCCGAGGAGGCGCAGAGCGAAUGCAACGACGACGGCGCGGCGCCUGGGCAGCCGUCCUCGGCCGCCACAGUCGAUCCCAAGCGGGUCAAGAGGAUCCUGGCAAACCGGCAGUCGGCGCAGCGGUCACGCGUGCGCAAGCUGCAAUACAUCUCGGAGCUCGAGCGCAGCAUCACGUCGCUCCAGACGGAGGUGUCGGCAUUGUCCCCGCGCGUGGCAUUCCUCGACCACCAACGCUCGCUGCUGACGCUGGGGAACAGCCACCUCAAGCAGCGCAUCGCGGCGCUCGCGCGGGACAAGAUCUUCAAAGAUGCUCAUCAGGAGGCACUGAAGAAGGAGAUAGAGAGGCUGAGGCAAAUCUACCAGCAGCAGAGCCUUAGGAAUGUAGAACCCCCGGCACAUGAGGACGGUCGUCCCCUGGCCCGCAGCGACAACAACGGCUUGAUCGCCGGCGAGGGGACCGCCGCACCCUCGUGA